GUAGAUCGAGUGAGACUAGACGGCUGUGGUCACCGUUGACGACGCUUGGAGACUGCUAAAAAUUCAGGUCAAACCACAAGUACGAUGACGUAGUUUACAUCAUCAAUCUUUGAAACAACACACGAUCUGGUGACGUUUAUUACAUCAGCUGAUUCUGGAUUUGAUAAAAUAGCACGAAAUUUAGAAUCGAAACAUACUUUAUGAAAUAAAAUGCACUGGAAUUUUAUAUCAUUACGAUCUGCAUCAAAGGUUCUAUUAUUUCCAAGAGUUCAGUGUGCCAAAAUCUUCCCAAAAAGGGCUUAUUGUGAAAAUAAUGGAGGUCAAAAGUUCCGAUCCAGGAAGUGGAAUUCACUGGUGUACAUUUCUGCACCUCUUGUGCUGUGUGGUUGUGUUGGGGCUUUUGCCUGGCUGCGCAAAGAUACAGUGUUGGGACAGGGGGACCAGGUGAACGUCUCACGGAAGAGAAGAACACUUGAAAAUGCAAUACAAGAGAGUAGAGACAUUAUCCAAAGAGUAAAGGAUGAGGUUGGUGCCCCAGGAAUUGUGGUUGGUGUGUGUGUUGAUGGUGAGCAUGUCUGGAAAGAAGGAUCGGGCUAUUCUGAUGUUGAGAAUCGUGUCCACUGCAACUCGGAGACAGUCAUGAGGAUAGCCAGCAUCUCCAAGGUUAUCACCAUGACGAUAGUUGCCAAGCUGAUGGAGAACAAUCAACUUGAUAUUGAUAAACCGGUUCAAGAAUAUGUGAAGGAAUUUCCAGAGAAAACCUUUGAGGGGGAAAAGGUUACCAUAACAACGCGUCAUCUAUUGUCACACGUGAGCGGGAUCAGACACUAUGAGACGGCUGAAGAGAUUCAGAAGAAGAAGCAAGAAAAGGAACGAGAGAAGAAAGAAGGCAAGAAGUUGGUCAAGAACGAGAAUGAGUUAAAGAUAAAGGAGUAUAAUCUGAAGGAGAAAUAUGCGAGUGUGAAGGAUGCCUUGAUGAUCUUUAAAGAUGAUGAGUUGAUACAUAAGCCAGGCACGGAGUUCCUCUACUCAACCCACGCUUGGACGCUUGUUAGUGCUGUGUUAGAGGGCGCCACUAAGAAGGAAUUCCCGGACAUGCUGCGUAGUUUAUUCAAAGAGCUUGGCAUGACGAGGACGUAUCUAGAUGAAAACGAGCCGCUGAUUUAUGGAAGAUCAAGGUUUUAUGAAAGGAACAAUAAAGGUAAAAUAAUGAAUACACCAUACGUGGACAACUCUUACAAGUGGGCUGGAGGUGGAUUACUUUCAACUGUUGGAGACUUGUUAAAGUUUGGCAAUGUUAUUUUAUACAGUUACCAAUGGCAUCCAAACAACUUUUUUUCUGAGCUGUCUACCGGAAUUCAUAUGUCUAAUAAAUCAGAGGAGUUGGUUGUAAAUCAUGAAAAAGACAUAAUCAAAGCAAAAGGCCUUCCAGGAUAUUUAAGUCGGCUGACUAUAGUAAAGACUUGGGACGUGAAUGAGAAGGCCAAGUGCUCAUGGGAUAAGAAUGGUCACUUUGCUUUAGGCUGGGCUGUUGUUCCUGAGAAGAAGACGAACGGUUGUUGUCAGGAGCAGCGUUUCUAUAUCUCACAUACAGGUGAAGCUGUUGGCGCGUCCAGUGCCUUGGUUAUCCUUCCACGUGAGGGUGAAGGCAGUCAAACAGUGCCCCCUAGUGGUGUGGUUGUUGGUAUAAUAACAAAUCUGAGUAGUGUUGGACUUGCUAAGGUUGCCAUGGAGAUAGCUGCUUUAUUUGAAGAUGUUCCCAUGCCGAUUCAAGGCAAGUAACUUCUUCCAUGCCAAUUUUCAUGUCGCUCACCAAAAUUAGCGUGAACAACUUAUUUCUAGUCACCUUGUUUGUUAAGCACGCAGGCAUGCAGGUUGAUGUCACUGCCUGGCAAAAUCGUGCAUACCAUGACACCAAUAAAAAAGUGAGUCACAUUGCAGGGAGGUUUAAUUUGACCACUCAUCACUCACUCCUGUAACUUAACACUUCUAUAGUCGUACUUCCUGUCUUUUGCGCUUACACCUAUGAAUUGCCAUGUCUAAAUAGACCCGUGUGUCAAAUCCCCGUGUCUAUUAGCCCCAUCGAGCUCGAUGGGGCUAAUCGGGGGCUAAUUUAGACCCGUGUUUAACACAGGUUUUUUUAUAGAUGGAAUCUGAAUAGACACGGCAAUUGCAAGUUCUAAGAUCCGGCGACAGAUGGCGCGGUGUAGUUGCCUCGGUAUUGCGCCCCCUCCAACAGGAAAGAAACACAGGAGAGCUCCCAACCUACAGCGCACCUGUCGCCGGGGCUAUUAACCAUUAUCUAACACAACUGAUAGGUGUAAGUGCGCCCCGGGUUUUUUGACACACGGCGAAGACACGGGUCUUGAAAAAACACUAGGUUUUAUGAUAGGUGGAACUACGACUUAUGUCAACUGUGCCACUGUGUUAAUCAAUCAGCAAUCAGUCGACAAGCAUUGUUUUCUGCCAAGUUUUGUUUUCCUUGUCAAAAGUUGUAAUGUCCAAUGUGAAUGAUUUUGAGGGCAACUGAUCUACUUGAGAUGUAUUGCCUCAUGAAAAUAAAUUGUU